AUGGCUGGACUUGAGGAGAUGUGGGCUAGGUUUUCUUUGUCAGAGGAGGAAGAGAAGGGCGCUGAUGUUGUUGGACAAGAGGAAGCUAUCAUCCACUGUUUGGUUGGUAAGUUCUUCACAAAACGUGUUCUGAAUGUCGAUGCCGUGGCUUGCACGUUUAAACCUCUAUGGGGACCUAGGGGUAAACUUAAAAUCCAAGAUAUAAGAAAUAAUAUACUGCUGUUUGAGUUUGAGGACUGUCUCGAUCUGGAGCAUGUAUUAGAACUGGAGCCAUGGUCAUACAAUAAACAUCUGGAGGUGUUUCAAAGAACUUUGGUGGCUAAGGCGGCUCCCUCACUUGAUUAUUCUUGUUCGUCUUUUUGGAUUCAGAUUCAUAACGUUCCUGCACAUCUAUUAACGACUGAAACUGGUGAUUCCGUGGGUAGGAUGUUGGGUAGGGUGCUUCAAGUAGCCGACCCAGAAGAUGAUGGGGCUGGGGGAGAAUUUUUGCGGGUUCAAAUAAGCUUAGACAUAUCAUGA